AUGCACAGACCUCAUUGGCUGCCUACUUUGCAAAAGGUCGACCGCAGGACAACAACGCACACCACAGUCUGCGUCUGCGAUCAUUUGACCACCUUCGGUGCCGGGUGGUUGGUUCCACCCAAUCAGAUUGACUUCAACUACGUCUUCAGAAACAUCCAGUUCGAAAGAAACGCAACUCUCUACGCAACGGAAAUUACAAUCGCCAUUAUAUUUCUCCUUCUUUUCAUGUGGGCUCGACGAAUGGACAAUCGAGACAUUCAGAAAUUGGGAAUAACUCCACUGGCUGAGAACAAUCCGGCUGAUGAGUACCUUUACGAGGUGAUUGUGUGCACUGGCAUAAGGAGGGACGCUGGUACCACAUCUACCGUCUGUAUGCAAGUGAACGGAGAAAGAGGUGGAACUGCACCCUUCACCCUCCGCGACCCACAUCGAAAGGUCCUCCAGCGUGGCAAUGUUGAUCGUUUCCUUCUUGCCACCGCAAGGUCAGUUUACCUAGUCUUCACAUAUUAA